CAUAAUAUUUUUAAUCAGUUAAAAAAUGUAUACUUAUUCUUUUAAAUUAUACUCCCUAGCUGUUUGAUCAAAUGGGCUCAAAUUUGAGAAUUAGAGCAGUUUUUAUAGGCGGAUUGGAGUGAUAAAAAUUGUGUUGAAUUUUACCAUUUUGUUACAGGAGAAUAUUGAUUUUUAGCUUUGAGUAUAGCCUUACAGACCAACUAAAUAAAAUCAGGGCGGGGAGUGCAAUUUUAUAUACGCAUGGCAAUAAUAUUAACAAGGACAUGCAUUUUGGGCCUUUCAACCUUCAAAACCCCUCUAUUAUUUGUAUGAUAAAAUUUUAUCAUAUUUUUGAAAGUGAGUUGCAGUAAAAACCAGAAAUCAGAUAAAAUCAGAAUUUACAAGUAAAAACUACUCAUACUUAAACCUAAGAAUGAUUUUAUUAGAUCGCGUUUUUACUGGGAAAGUGCAUCUAAUUAGAUAUACCUGCGUCUAAAAUGUAAACUUUUUUAUUUACACCAAUUAUACCUAGAUUUUAUUAUAUGUUUAGUCAGACUAGUUUUUAGUGUGUUUGGGCUUACACUGUAAAUGACACUAAUUUAUUCUUAUAUUCUUUAUUCUUAAACAUUGACAAUCUAACAUAAUUAAUGAUAACAAUUGCGAGUUAUAUAUAACACCGAUAACCCAGUAAAAUCAUACCUCUGAAUCUUAUCAAAAGGAGGCUAGACUAUCCGAUUGCACCGGCCUUUAACUGAGCCUGGAAAAAGAUAAAUAGUUUUUCCUAUUUGUACUCUAUUUUAUUAUGUGUAUUACCGUCAACUAUGGUAACAUUAACCUAGUAACGUAAGUGUUUCAAUUUAAAAAUAAUAAGACAAUUAAAAUAUGAACACUUGGAAAACACUGUGGGACACCCUGUAUGUAUAUAUAUAUGUACUAACUAUAAUACAAGUACUUCUAUAUCACUCCUUCAGAAUUUGAUAUGCGUAUACUCGUUAUGUGUUUAAUACAAGUACUUAAAUUCGUACACGUAUUUUUUCCGAAUCUCUGCGAGCGAUUAUUUAGGUAUAUUAUCACGAUAGAUAGUAGUUAUUGCCUUGCUCGCUGCACUGAAUCUUUAUACGAAAUUUAUGUAUGUUAAACGAUUGUUAAUAACUAAUAAGUCAAGUUCGGUAAAAUUUUUUCGAAAUGAAUAUCGACGAUGUGUUGAUAAUCUUGGGUAUGGGUCGGUACCAAUUCGUGUACUGCUUGCUUUUCGGUCUCAUGAUCAUGUAUUCGAACGUUUCACCGGUCGCGUACGUAUUCACUGCCGGCGAUUUAAAAUACAGGUAAGUAAAUGACACAAACAAAAAUAAAAACCAAUAAUUUAUUAACAAACGUAGUAUUUACGUGUAGCAUGUCAGUGCUAAAAGUACAAUGAUCGGCAGCUUGGGCUAUUGAACGGUUUAUUUCAUUAAUUGUACAAUGUGCGCCUAAAAAAAAUAACAAAUAAAUUUAAGAAGACACACAUAUAUUUAUAUACACACGAUUUUUUAGUAUAAAAACAUCUAUUAAAUUUCGCUUUACACCAAAUACUAUCGAAAGAAAACAUUAACAAAUGUGAGUUUUUCAAAAUAAUGUUCUAUAAACAAAUUAUUGAAUUUUAUAAAAGUGAAAAAUAAUCAUAUUUUAUUUUAUAUGUUGAAAUAUGUUUCCCACAUUUCAGAAUGUAAUUAAAUGUGAAUAAAUGUCAUUGUCUUACUGUUCUUAAUGACGUAUAAGUCCAAAAAGCUAUUAAAUAUAUUACCUACCGUAAAUACUUGUAAUUUUAUAAAACUAUCAUCGUUAAACUCAAAUAUUUAUUAACAAAAUAACGAAAUAUUAACUUUGAUGUCAAAUUUUUUAAAGAGGCUAAUAAAAAAAAAUUAAUGCGUUUGUAAUAUUUAAGUAAUAUAAGUUUUCAAUUUAAUAUUUCUUGGAGUUUAUUAGUAAACAAUUCAGUUUUCUGAAAAAAAAACUAUUCAGUACGUUAUGUUGUGUUGCCGAUCCGUUCGUCUUCCGGGUGUUCUUAAUUUCAUUAGUUUAUUUGGCUUAUAAUUUUUUUCAGAUUCAGAGCGUAGCAAAGAAUGUAUUUGUUUUACUAGGAUAUGUUUUUUUCUUUUUUAUCUCUAAACCACUUUCUUACCAGAAAUCUUGCUCUAAUCAUCGAGCAUCUUUCACAUUUUUAACAAUAUAACGUAUCAUAUUACAUUUUACUUAGAAGUAAAAUAAAAAGAAAACCGUUUUGAUGAAAAUCAUAAAAAUGACAGUAUUUCAAAACAUUAUUAACCAAACUAACUGAACAAAAUCGGUUUUUAAUAGCAAUUAAUUGUGUAAGUACAAAUGUAAAUUAAAUUACUAUCCUGCCUUCCCGUUUUUCAAUCUACAGCAAUGACAUACCCGUCAGCAGUAUCUGGUUAUAAUUUGUAUUUUUUUACGUGCCCUUCAGAUGCGUAAUACCCGAAUGCGACCCGGUGAAUCCCACGGAUAGGACGUACGAGCCGGACUGGUUACGGUUUACAACGCCUUACAAGGCCGACACAGAACUGCCGAACAAAUGUAAACGGUACGCGUUGAGACGAACGGGCAACAAUGGCACGCUAUGUGCACCUGAAGAAUUUGACAGGAGUGAGAUCGAUAAAUGUUGGGGCAAUUGGGUGUUCGAAGAGCCCGUAAACACUAUUGGCACGGAAGUAAGUUUACAUAAACCGAAAGGAGAUAUUGUUCCAAUGCAGAACGCUCAAAAUAAGAAUAUGUUGGUAAAUACAAUAAUAUCAUGACUUUUUGUCUUUUCUCGUAAAACAUCGUCAUCCUAUUAAUAUUAUAUUAAAAUUAUCAACCUAUGGGAUGUGAUGUAUAUCACGAAUGAUAAUCACAGCCGAUGAUUUUUAGAUUUCGUAGACCUAAGACGAAGACGAAUACGUGGGUUUUAUAUAGGUAGUAAUACUUCUUCAUUUUAUUCUGUUGCUUUGAAGUAUAAAGCGAGAUCGUCCCGACGAAAUUAAACCACUCCACUCCUCGCCGUUUAUUGCAAGCGUCAUCAGCCAGCUCCAGAUUUUAGUUUUCGAAAGUAGUUUUAAAUAUAAUCUUCCACCUCAAUUUUGGGCACCUUAAAGGUGUCCAAAAUCUUUUCCUUUAAAAUAACUUUCUAAACCUGAUGAAUAAGUGUAACUACCUUCUCAACUUCACACCUACAAUAGUAGCCCACCCAUCAUGCAAAGUAUGUCAUAUUUUUAAUUUUUCUGUCUUCAAACCACUCUUCUACCAGAAAUCAUGCUUCGAUCAAGAAACGAAGAGAACAUUUUUGGUAAAUUUUUAAUCUAAUUAAGAAAGUCGUAUUUUAUAAAAUGGUUUGAUUAAAUACAAAUGCUUGAACAUUCAAUUUGAGGCUCGUUAGGUUGUACUUCGUGGUAAAAAAAAAAAAAGAAAGUUGAAUGUACCUAAUGUAGAAGUUAUUUUUUUAUAAAUUAUUGAAGAUGAAAUUUUGAUGAAAACCGUAAUUAUUUCACGGUAUUUUACGACAUUUUAAAACAUGUUUAAUUACAAUUUACAUGCUAUAUCUACCUAAUUGAACUUAGCUCAAAAUCGAAUUUCGUUAGCAUUGGUUUUAUCAUUGUUAACAAAUAUAAAUUAAUUAACUUUAUGUAUCGUAUACUUUUCCGACUUCCUACAAUAGCGGUGCAACUAACAGCAGUGUCAGUUUUAUAUUUUACUUAUUUCUUCAACAUUAUUUGCGGUAUGAUACAAUUUGAAUUUCCUUAUUUUCUGUUAUCCUCUAUUAUCUUCUGCUUCAUCGAUACAAGAACUGAAAAUUGUUCUGAAAACCGUCUUAUCAAUUAUUGUUAUUUAUACAUUGUUAUAGUUCAAACUCAUGUGUGAGGAAAACAAGUGGAAGCUAUCCAUGGUGGGCUCGGUCAACAAUUUCGGACAAUUUAUCGGCAUACCGAUAUCGGGCAUUAUCGCCGACAGGUAAGAGCAACAAAAACUAUAAUAUAUUGUACACGACAUAUUAAAAAUAACUUUGGUCCCUAGGAAGAAUGGCUUAAGAUUUCUACUUGUACAUACACUAAUACACUAAUAUACUAUAUUUACAUUAGUUUUUAAAAUACUUAGUCCUAUGUAAUUUAAGCCCGAAAAUAAAGAAGAACAAAUUACAUUAAAUAAAAUAUAUAUAAACAUUUAGAUGAUUUAAAAUCUCUAAAAACCACGCGGAAAUCAGCUAUACACAAAAUGUAGCGAAAAAUCCGUAGCAAAAACAUCUAUAAUAGUUUGUUAAAAUUUAAAAAAACUGGCUUAAUCUACUUUUCUCUGGGACCAAAGACAUAAUAUUUGUAAAUGAUAAUUACAGGUUUGGUCGAAAGUUUGCAAUGAUAUUUUGCGCGGCUACAUCAGCCGCGUUAAGUAUCGCCCAGUCGUUUUCAAUCAAUUACACGAUGUUUUGGUUUUUGGAAUUAUUGUCUUCUAGUAUAUCCAGUGGCAUCUAUACGGUCACGUUCGUAUUAGGUAGGUACAAUAAUACUAUUUUUACAAAUGGCUUAAAAUCAAUAAAAUUUCUAUGAACACGUUGAGACAUUCGAAACCAGUUUCAUGAUAUUUGAAUUGUGUACCUACAUACCAACAACAAACGCCAUAUCGCAUAUAUGGGUAUACGAAAUCUUCCAUAUAUAAAAAUAUUUCAUUUUUAUCCCAUUAUUUAAAUAAUAAACUCAGUAAUAUGUGAAUUUUAAAUAAAAGUCCAUGAUCCAUUUAUCUUAUAGUUAUCUUAGUAUUUUUAGUAUUCUUAUUUAUUACACCUAUAUGUAAUAUACUUUUAUGCUCUUAAAGGUGUGUAUUUUUUUCUUACUAUAUAGGAAUGGAAUCGGUUUUGCCUAAAAAGCGGGUUAUUUAUUUUUCAAUUCUGGAAUGUUUUUAUCCGCUCGGUGCUAUCAUAGUGGCAUAUAUUGCCAGUCAAGCGAAAGAUUGGAAACUCUUGUUGCGGAUAUCCAACGUCCCGGGACUUUUAUUUCUUUCGUACUAUUGGUUAUUAUACCUAUUUUAUAUUAUAGUACUUACAUUACAAUAUAACCACGUAAAUUGACAGAUAAACCUUUUGGUAUUAUUUUCUUUUACCCGCAAUUAUAGGCUGACGGAAGAAUCGAUGAGAUGGUCGCAAACACAAGGACACCAGGACAACGUACUAAAAACGCUCAAGAAAAUAGCCGUUAUGAAUAAAAAGACUUUACCCGAACUAAAUCUCGACAUGCAAACAGAGGUAAUAUACCUGUAUUUUGUAAUUUAAAUAACUGGUAUACCUACGCCUAAGUAUUAUAGCCUAUAAAAUUACAGAUUUUUAAAUACAACCGAAUGAUAUUUAGCAGCGUUUGCGAUGAAAAAUUUAUUUCACUCGUAUAAAUUAUUUAUUACAGACAUCGGUAAACCACGAUGACGGCGAUGGUGGCGUGAAAUAUACGAGUAUCCUGAAAGUUAUCUUUCACUCACCGACGAUUACCUGGAGGAUGGUUAGGUGUUCGUUCAUAUGGUAAAAACGCCUUACUAUUAGACGUAAUACUUAUAUUAUUAUUUUCACUUCUUCUUCUUCUCCUUCCCAACUAUUUGUAAUCAGUCACUCUGUUUUAAACUUUGACUUUCUCUACUCUAUGAAUAAAAUUGUCAGAUCAAACAAAAAUGCUUGAAAAUUUAACAGGCGGUUCAUUAUAAAUCGUACUUAGUGCUCAAUAAGAAAAAGUUGAGUUUAAUAUAUUAUUUUUUUUUUCAUAAAAGAAUUUGAAUACCAAAUUUUGACAAAAAUCUUAAAUAUUACGGUUUUUUCAAAACAUGUCUAACCGAACUUCGCUCCGAAUCGUUUUUCGUUAGCAAUGAUUCAUCGUUAUAUACAGAUAUAAAUUAAAUAACGUUGUGUAUCUAGCUACCUUCUAAACUUCCCGUCUACAACAGUGGCUAUACCCGUCCCCUAUAUCAGCUCUUUUAUAAUUUUAUAGCUUUUUAUUAUUAUUAUUUUCCGUUAUCGUAUCAAAAAUUAAAUAUUAGAAUUGUACAAGUACAACGUAUCCAACAGUGUUAUCUGAAUGCUAGUAAUAUUGUAAAUAUUUAUUUUAUUUUCCAAUCAGGUUUUGUGUCAGGGGGACAUAAAUGUAAGAAAAAAUUUAAUUUUCAUUGUCAUCCCUGAAAAAAAAAAAUAACUUUAUUUUAAAAAUUAAAAUGUGUUUAGUAUCUCUUUUUCACAUGUAUGGUUUAAGUAUAAAUAACAUGUUAUACAAUUUUAGUUUUAUGUCAUCAAUAAUUACUCAUGUUAUAACUUUUUAUUGUAAUAAAAAACAUUGGUGUUCCCAAUCACCCUCUCUUCUACUAUGUAGUAUAUAAUAAUAAUAAUAAUAAUAAUAGUAAUAUUGGAAACGCAAAUUUGAGUAUAAAUCUGAAUAACUUUAGUCCAAGUACAGUUUUAGAAAAUCCUAUCAUUGAUAGGUAUAAAAUGACUCUCAUGAAUAGUCCAGUCUAAUGAAAAUGUCUUGUUUCGCCUAUGAGACCAAUUGUAUAACCGCAAAUUGAACGACGAUUUAUAAUCAUUAUUGAUUUUGAUUAUCACAACUACAAAUAUAAUAUAAUUUUCAAGGGGAGGGGCCUCUCGGCCCACCUUUGAAUCAACUACUGCAUUUAAUUAUACAUCCGAAACCAAUACUUCGCUAACAUCGUGCACUUAUAAUGUGUAUAUUCUCUCGAUCCACUUAGGGUGGCCAUAACAUUGGUGUACUACGGACUGACCAUAAACGCGACCGACAUAGCCGGCAACAAAUAUUUGAACUUCGCUUUGGCGUCGUUCGUCGAGAUUCCGGGUUGCCUGAUAAACUGGUUGGUAAUGGAAGGAAUGACCAGAAAAAUGUCGUUGUCCUGCAUGUUUAUUUUGAGCGGUGCCAUGUCUGUCGUGUACAACUUAACGCCGGACAGUGAGUACCUACCUAUAUAUCAUUACACUUAUACGUGCGGGUACAUAUCUAUUUGAUUGUAUUUUUCUUACCGCACACAUUGCAAUGACGAAACGAUCUACUCGUGUACAUAGUGACAGUACUGUCACGGGGGAAGUAUUGUUUACGCGUGAAUGCAAAAUUAAUACGCAAUCGUGGUAAAUUAUAAGCUAUGUUAUCACUUAUUAUUUGAAUUUAUUACUGUUACCUAAUUUAAAAUACUGCAUGAUAUUUCAUUAAACAUGAUAGAUUUAAUAGGACCAGUUAUACGAGUUAAAACUUGCUUAUAGUUUCUUUAUUUUUGUCAAUUCUUGGUAGUAAGUAUCCCUGAUGCUUUUGAUUUUGAACACAUUAAUUAUUUCAUAUUUGAAACGCCGGAUCUCAGGGAUCUUACGCUUUAAGAAAUUCAAUUAUAUUAAACAUGAUUAACGAAAACGGCCACUACAACAGAAUUUAACUAUGUAAAUGUGUCUUUAGUUGAGAGUCGAUACAGUACCAUAGUUAACGCUGAAUGAUGACAAAUAUUUAGCACGUAAUGAUAGUUGUUGAGUCAUCUACUAUCGACAAUGUUAAUAGUGCGUGAAUAGUGUUUACACUAUUAGGUGCGCUACUGUUGUAGGUGGGAAGUUGGGAAGGUAGUGUACAUAAAGUUAUUUAAUUUAAUAUCUGUAAGUAAUGAUAAAUUAUUAUCUGAUAAAUCAACCUCGCAAAAUUAAAAUAUUUAUACAUAGCUCAAAAAUGGAUUAAAUGUUUUACUAUACAAAUAUACGGUUUUUGUCCAAAUUUCGAGUUUCUACGACAUGUUUAACUGAACUACAACAAGAAAUGAAAUUGAAAAUCAAAAAGGAAUUUUUCGUAAACUUUCCCGUUUUUCCAGGUUUAUCCCAAUUAUUUUGAAAAUUGUUUGGAAAAUCGAAAAAUGAUCUUAAGUAUCAUCCAAAGGUGAUAGAUUAUGAAUGUUAUUUUUUUGAUUUUCCCUAAAAUUAUUUUAAUAACUGAGCAAAACCGAAAACAAAAAAACGAAGGAAAAACUGGAAAAUGUAUAAAAUAUAUUAUUUUCAAUUUGUUUUUAUUGCUGUUAUUCAAUUAAAAAUAUUCUUAGAGACUUGGAAUUUUGAAAGAAAACUCAUAUUUGAUUUUUCUGGGCGUUGUAAAUUAUAGACAUUUAAAUUUUGCGAGGUUUUUUACGUAAUUUUUAUUUUAUAGUGGCUCUGUGGAUAAAAUUGUUAGACCGAACAGAAAUCCUUGAAAACUUAACAAGAGGUUUAUUAUAAGUUGUACUUCGUGUUCAAAAAAAAAAAAUUGAGUAUAAUGCGGUAUUUUUUUUUAUAAUAAUUUUAAUAUAAAAUUUGACGAAAACCAUAAAUAUUCCUAAUCAUUUUUCAUUAGCAAUGAUUUAUCGUUCCCUACAGAUAUAAAUAAAAUGACUUUAUGUAUCCUACUUUCCCAACUUCCCACUUACAACAGUGGUACACCCAUAUCAGCUCUCUUUUUUUUAUUUGUCGAUUUGUAUGUUAAAAAUUCAUAUACUCUUGUAACACACUUAUUAUAAUAUUUUAUAUUCCACGCUAAUAAACAUUCGUAAUUGCCAUGUUUAUUUUUACAAUCCGUAGACCUAUUCUUGGUAAAGCUGUCACUUUUCAUGUUCAGUAAAGUCGCCAUAUCAGUCGCUUUUUCGAUCAUCUAUAUAUUGACCGCAGAGAUAUUUCCCACCUGGAUGCGAGCCACCGCAUUGUCCAUGUGUUCCAUGAUCGGUCGGGUCGGGUCCAUGUUGGCACCACAGACCACACUUCUGGUACGUAUAAUUGUAAUACGAUGUUCCUAAAUUAUCGUUGCGAUGAUCGCAUAACUCAACGACGCAUACAAUAAUUUAGACCGACAGUUGAAUAAUUGUUCAAUCAAUAUAUUGGCUAUCGGUGAUUUUUUUUAGUUAGUGGAUCUUUAUAGUGUUUACCACUUAUUUGAAUGGAAAAAUCUUCAAAUUUUGGUGAGUUUACAUGCACGAUUUUACGGAAACAUUUUUUUUUUCUUCAGGGAGAGUACUUUGGUAAUUACAUGAUAAUGCUCGUGUUUGGCGUAGUCUCGCUUAUAGCCGCCACCAUCACUAUGACUUUGCCCGAGAGCAAAAACAUUAAAUUGCCUGACACCAUCGAUGAAGCCGAACAAAUUGGAGUUCGUGAUCACCUCACUCCGAAAAACAAUGAAACGUCUGCGUAGAACAACUUUUCUUCAAAACAUACAAUGCGUAGGUACAUUCGGUAUUUAAGUCCUAUAAAGUGAUCUCGAGACGUGUUAGUAAGCAUCGUACCUACGCAAAAUAUGUCCCCCAACGAUUUAAAAAUGUAAGCUACCGGAAUUUGACGAAAUUAUAAAUUUCGUGUGGGCAGUGUGCAAUAACAAUAUGACCGAGAACUCGAAUUCGUCUGUUCGCCCGCCGGAUCAAUAAUCCGCGAAAAUUUAUAUACGAGUAUAAAGUAAAAAAUUUAAUAUCGUGAUUGCUCAUUUUAUUUAUUUUGAAAAGCUCAGUGUUUUAGGUUUAGUUUUAACAUUUAUGGCUCGUGUGCUAUUUAUAGGACGAUAAUGUUUGAUUGUUUUAGGGUUUCUAUUGGAACUUGUAAGUAGUAUAAUCUUCGAUUUUCAAUUAGAAAUUAGUUUAUAAAACCGGAAAUCUAUUUCCAGUUUCUGGAAAACACUGAACGAAUAAAUACAAUAACGCUUUCUAGCUUGGGAUAAAAUUACAAAACACGGAUUGCGUAUAUGCGGUACACGAUUCGUUCAAAAAGUCGUUUGUCCGUUUUUUAUAUGCUAUUCGUUCAUCGUGCGUGCACCGUACAAGUUAAAAUAUAACAAUUUUUAAUAUAAAAUGAUAAAUUAUUAAAAUAUAUAUAAAAUAUAAAAAACGACUAUAAUAUACACAUAUUAAAUACACAUUGGAUAAUAAAAUAGGCACUGAAAAUAUGUAGAAUUAAUUAUAUAUAUAUUCGUGAAAUAUCGCCAUUAAAUUAAAACGACCAGAAAGACUUGAAUGAAUCAUAAAUAUUUGUGUAACUAUAUUAUAAAUAUUCUAAUGUAAUAUAUAUAUAUAUAUAUUUGUUUUU